AUGGCGUUACGAACGGUCAAGCCAUCGUCGCCGCCAAUCAAAACGAUCUCAAUCCCAGCGGCGACAGAAAACGAAAACGGAAAGAAGCAAAAGCAGAAGGACGAUGAAAAUGACGACCUUGACGGUUCGUCGCAUUUCGCACAACAACAACAACAGCGGCGGCGGCGAGUUAGUUUUUCCGAUUUUGAGCUGUUGAUCGACUGCGCGGACAGUCCACUUCCGCGCUCGAACGUCUCGUGCCUCUUUCACACGAAGAACAAAGUGGACACGAUCGAUAAGUUCGCGCACCGUUUAUCUAUUCCAGACGAGACGAGAGAAAAUUUCAUCAACGAAAUAUGGCUGGAAAAGACAAAGACAAACCCGAGCUUGUUCAACGGGACAAAGUUCCGGUUGAGUUCCUGGGAGGAGAAGCAGAAAUCUUCGAGUAAUGACGGAAAAGAACAUAAAACGGUAGAGAUUCACGUCGGAGAGACGGAUUAUAAGUCGUUCGUGGGGACGAACUUAGCGGAAGACUGGCAAGACUUGCCUGAGAAAAGUUUGGCGAAUCCGCUCGGAACGGCGGUGUUUUGCGUGUGCGAAGACGGGAAAGUGUUGGCGUUGAGACGGUCGCAAAACGUCGGCGAGGCUGCGGGGAUGAUUGUACUCGCCGGUGGCCAUCCUGAACCGGAAAACGUUCAGGUUCGCAAGGAUGAUGAGUUGUUAGACGUUACGUUUGAAUUAUUUGACAGCGCAAGUCUAGAGCUGCUAGAGGAGACGGGAGUGGAGGUAUCGCAGUGCGAGAAAUUGCUGUUCCUUGGGUUGUCGAGACGAAAAGUUAAUAAAAGAGCUUGCGCCGUAUUUGUGACGCGUACAAAGUUGACGUCGCAAGAAUGCAUUGAGAAGUAUCGAAGUCAAAAGCCUUUGAGCGCUGACGAGAGCACAGAAAUGUUGGGUUUGAGCAUAGAAGAACUCGUAGAGGCGACGAGGAACGGGCAGUGUCCGGGUUGUCACUGCGGGGCCAUAAACUUAGGUGAGAAAUAUUUAAAUAGUCUUAGCGCGAAUAGAAGAGAGAAAAAGGAAGGGGAGGAAGCUUCGAAGACGACGAUGGCCACGAUGAAAGGUGGGUUGGGCGAUCUUAAAGUACUCAAAACGAAGAAGAAAUCGAGCAAGAGUAGUAGCAAUAUUACUAGUAAUAACGCAAAGAGUGAUAAGGACGACGACGAUAGUAACGUAAAACAAAAGCAACAGAUGGAGCAAGAUGAAAUCGAGCGCGCGAGGGAGAGUUUACGAAAGCUCGCGCAAGCCUCGAAAGAUGCGAAAAUCGAUGAAGCGAUUGCCAUCCACGAGCGCAAUCAGCAGCAACAACAGUACAUGGCACCUCCUCCGUAUGCUGAAUUUACUUUUGAAACGGUACGCAAGCGUUCGCUAGAUUACAUGGCAUUGAAUCCAAACCAAGGAGUAUGCGGUCACAUGCCGAAACAUGACUUGCUCGCUCGGACGACUGGAGUCUUUCCGGUACUCGGUAAAAUGAUACUCGCGAAGCCUUCGCUUCAGAAAGUAAUCUCGACUCCAGAGGGCAUUGAUAAUUUAUUAAAAGCGCUCCAAUUAAGUACGGUUGGAAACGAACGAGGAGAGGAUAAUUUUGCCUUAUUCGCGACGUACCAAGAUUUAAUCGGCGAGGGUGAUGUUGGAAAACUCGCGGACGAGCUGGAAGAAAUUGCCACCAUGCAAAGUCAAUUUCGAGAGUUUAAAUACAACGAUCCGUCCAACUCGAACGAACAACCGAGAGAAUCGUCGGCCGCAGAAGAAGAAGUAUACGCCAAAGAGCGCUCGUCAAGGGCUCUUGCGCAAAAACGCUCGAAUAAAGCGUUAGUUAUGACGUAUUUCCGAUCGUGGAUACCAAACUUCGAUUAUUACGUUCCGUUUGUAUUCAUGUACUUGUGGUAUACGAUUUCCUUAGUUCCUGGAGCGAAUCUGUUCGUUUUAAUCAUUAGUUUUGGUCUGUUACAUCUUGCAAAAGGGAAGAUUGACGGUCUAGCUGGAACGCAAAGUAACGCGUUCUCGUUGGUCAGCGCGGAAGCGGUGGAGAAAUUUGGCCCAAAAGAGGCGCGGGACGCAUCGGCAUCUCGUCACGCGAUGUGGUUUCAUGGUUUGUUGGGAAUCACGCUCGUGCACUAUUGCAUAUUUCUGGUACCAAAAUAUUCCCAAGAUUAUUCAGCGGUGAAUGUUGGAUUAGCUAUCGGUGUCUCCUGCCCUAUAUUUUUUCUAUUGACGUAUAUUGUCGGACCGGGUUACGUUCCCCGAGUGACUGACACGAACGAGAAAGACGAAUGGAUGCGCAAUAUGGUGCGCGUUGCAAAUACUUACGACGUUGAAAACGGAAGUAUCGCCGUAAAAGCGUCUACGAUGUCACAAAAUGGACGGUUCUGCGCCUCGUGUCACGCAGCGAGACCAUUGAGGUCGAAGCAUUGUCCGUUCUGUCAAAGAUGCGUGUACAAAAUGGAUCACCAUUGCCCGAUUGCGUUGACGUGCAUCGGCGCGAAAAAUCAAAAAUGGUUCUUUUUCGCCUUGUUGACUUGUUUCAUAGCGGCGUGCACGUUCGUUCGAUUCGAUUGGUGUUACAUAAGCGAAUCUUUCGUGGCGAAUCGAUUGGAAAACCCGGAUGAACAACUUCUUUACACGUGGUUCCGAACGCUCAACAGUAAUCCGAUGUCAACCAUCCUCUUUGCGCUUCAAGUUCUCGGAGGCGUCGGCUACGCCGGCAUUUUGUUAAUCCGACAAACCUUCUGCGCUGUUUCCAACUUGACCACAAACGAGAUGUCAAAUUCUCAUCGAUACGAGUAUUUGAGAAUGAGUAAAGAAAAUUUAGCGUACUUGAACCCAUUUGAUCGCGGUUUAGCUCCCAACUGUCUCGCGUUUCUCACCGAAGAGGACCAAAUACCGGACUGGGAUGCCCUCAAUAUGGAAGCCAGAAAAAGCGGGGAGGAACGAAUCGCCGAGCCGAAAAAGUAUUCCUACCGAUGGUUACAUCAACGGUACCCUCUCUUUUGCACGUUUCAUAACAAGGCGGCGAGACCUUCUCUUCAAGACUCGUCGCAUGCGGAACACAACCAUCAUCAUCAUCAUCAUCAUCAUCAUCAUUCUCACGACGGAAUCCCGUGCGAUGGAAAUCACGCCUAG